UGUGCCUGAUCAGAAUUCGCUCCUGGCAGCCGUCAGUCGCGGUGACAGCUGAACAUAUUCAUUCAGUCCUUUGGUGUACGCUGAAAACACAAUCGCCACGAUGUUCGAGGAGGCCAGCGAAGUGUUCGAUAACAUGUUCAAAUCGUCGUUUCCCCUAACCUUCAUUGUGUUUAUUCCCGCGGUGCUGAUCCUGGUGUCCCCGCUUCCAGCCGAGGCGGCACAUGAGUUCACGGUGUACCGCAUGCAGCAGUACGACCUCCAGGGACAGCCGUACGGUACCCGGAAUGCCAUCCUGAAUACGGAAGCGCGCACCGUGGAGGCCGAGGUCCUAAGUCGUCGCUGUGUUGUCAUGCGACUGGCGGACUUCUCCUACGACAAGUACCAGAAGGCUUUGCGUCAGUCGGCGGGCGCCGUGGUCAUCAUCCUGCCCAAGAACAUGUCUGCCAUGCCGCAGGACAUAGUGCAGCAGUUCAUGGAGCUGGAGCCAGAGAUGCUGGCCACUGAGACCGUCGUCCCCGUCUACUUUGCCCUGGAGGACGACGAGCUGCUGUCCAUCUACUCCCAAACCCUCACCUCCUCAUCCUCGCAGGGGUCCUUAUCAGCCGCUGAAGUGUUGCUGCACACGGCCACAGCUAACGGCUUUCAGAUGGUGACGAGCGGAGCUCAGAGCAAAGCCGUCAGCGACUGGGUCAUCACCAGUUUGGAGGGUCGUCUGGCCGGAGUUGGAGGGGAAGACCUGCCGACGAUCGUGGUGGUGGCUCAUUACGAUUCAUUUGGAGUCGCUCCAUGGCUGUCGUACGGAGCCGACUCAAACGGUAGUGGAGUGUCCAUGCUGCUGGAGCUGGCUCGUCUCUUCUCCAAACUCUACACCUACAAGAGGACACAUGCUGCACUCCAGCCUGCUGCAGGACAACGUAGCGUUUGUUUUGUGUUUGGACACUCUGGGGAGCGGCGACUCCAUCUACCUCCACGUGUCCAAACCCCCAAAAGAGGGGACCCCUCAGUAUGCUCUGCUCAAAGAAUUAGAGACCGUGGUGGCCAGUCAGCACCCCGAGGCGAGGUUCUCCAUGGUCCACAAGAAGAUCAACCUGGCCGACGACAUGCUGGCCUGGGAGCACGAGCGCUUCGGGAUCCGCCGCCUGCCGGCCUUCACGCUGUCCCACCUGCCCUCGCACCGCUCCGCCCGGCGCUCCAGCAUCAUGGACGUGCGGUCAGUGUCCCCCUCCUCUCACCAUGGAGCAGGAGAGCCCCCUGCUGGGCCUCACGUAGAUGUGAGCAAGCUGAGCAGGAACACCAAAGUGGUUGCAGAGGCUUUGGCCAGGGUCAUCUACAACCUCACAGAAAAGGGAGCACCUGGAGACCUGCAGAUUUUCACAGAACAAAUGCAGGUGCAGGAGGAGCACCUGUCAGCGGUGGUGGACUGGCUCACGGCUCAGCCUCGAGCCGCUCAGCUGGUGGACAAAGACAGCAGCUUCGUCUCCACUCUGGAGUAUCACCUGGGACGUUACCUCAAGGACGUCAAAAGACACUACGUCAAAGCUGACAAAAGAGAUCCAGAGUUUGUUUUUUACGACCAGCUGAAGCAGACGAUGAAUGCUUACAGAGUGAAGCCGGCUAUUUUUGACCUGCUGCUGGCUGUUUGCAUCGCAGCCUACUUAGGGAUGAUGUACCUGGCCAUCCAGAACUUUGCAGUCCUCUACAGCGUGGUCCGUAGAAUCACCCAGCCCAAAACCAAGGUCCAUUAAAGCUUCGUGUUUUCCCUCUGAUCCCGACGCUCCUGUCAAGAAGAGUGAAGCCCGACCGAGCUGCUGUUCUCCCUCCGACCAGCUCACUUCCAUUUCCUUCAUCCGGAUGCACAAACGAUGAUGUCAAAUCCUGUCUUGCUGCCAACUUUUUUUUUUCCCCCUCACCUCCAUGUGGUCUGAUGGACCAGAACCGUCAGGAAUCUCGUUUCUCUCUGUCUUUGCGUUCAUUUGAAACUCCUCACUCGUGUUGUUUUUGUGAGAUCCUUGUUGACACCAUUGCAGUUUUUCAUGAGGUUUUUGUGCUGAUGAUCACUUCCUGUCACCAAGCGUUGUGCGGUGUCGUGUUUAUUAGGCAGCUAAAGAGAGAAACGGACCGCACAGAGCUCACCUCUGUCUCUGUCUUUAACAGAACAGAUUCUGGUUUCUCUCACUUCUUUAAACGCUCACGUGAACUUAAAAAAGUUAAAGAUUUUUUGAUUUUUA